AUGGUCGACUUCACGCUCUCGGAAUCAGAACAGCAGUCCCGCGCUGCGGCGCACGCUUUCGCAGCCACUCAUCUUGCCCCCGCGAAGGAAAUCUACUCCAACCUCCCAAACCAAGAGGAGCGUUUCCGAUCGCUGAAACCCAUCUAUGAGGCCGCAGUCAAAGCGGGCUUUAUCAGAGGGCAGAUACCCGCCCCGAUAGGCGGAAGUAGCCAGAGCCUAGUUGAAGCGGCGAUUCUAGUUGAAGAGUUCUAUGCGGUCGAGGCGUCGGCAUCAUUGACGAUCUUCGGGACGGGGUUGGGAUUGACGCCGUUGGCGCUGGCGUAUCGGCCGGAUUUGAAGGAGUUCUUGGACCCGUUUCUGUGCGGGACUGGGGCGCCGUUGGCGUCGUUGGUUUUCUCUGAGCCUGGCGGCGUGGCGAAUUGGCUUGAACCUGGGGCGCCGGGAUUGCAGACGACUGCGUACCGCGAUGGGAAUGAGUGGGUGCUCAACGGGGAGAAAAUGUGGGCGACUAGUUCCGCGGGCUGGGACUAUAAGGGCGCGGACUUGAGCUGCGUUGUAUGCCGAUGCAUUGACGACGAUGUUGUAAAGCGGGCAUCGCAUCCCCGCGAUCUCAUCAUGGUGCUGCUGGUGACUCGCGAAGACAUUGAGCGGAGCGGGCCGGACAGCUUUCGAAUUGUGAAAGAUGUUGAGACGGCUGGACAUAAGGCGGUUUCUGGGCCACAUGUCAAGUACACCAAUAUUCGUGUCCCAGCGAAGAACGUCCUCUGUGCGCCUGGUACUGGUGCAGAGAUCAUCACGCAGACAUUUGAGACAUCCGCCAUGCUUGUCGGCGCAAUGGGCGUGGGAAUCCAACGGGCAGUCUUCGAUGCGGCACUGGCAUUCUCCCGCGACACGCGAGGGGGCACAGUUCCCAUCGGCCAACGCCAGUCGGUCGGUGAUUUGCUGAUCAACAUCAAGACGCGCACUGAGACCUCGCGCUUCCUCACCUGGAAGGCAGCGCACUGUCUCACCUCAGGACCCGGCGAACAUGCCCAGCGGCGGGAACACGCACUCCUAGCAAAGGUCCACUGCGCUGAGGCAGCGGUGCAGUCUUGCCUUGAUGCGAUAAAUGCCGUUGGGGUAUCAUCCUAUAAUUCGGAACUUCCGUUUGCGGAUCUGCUGUCCACGGCGCUCGUGUUGCCUAUUUUCGAUGGCGGUAACGUGGGUAUGCGCAAGCGGGCGUUGCAGGAGUUGGUCAUGGCAGAGGGGUAUCAGCCGUGGUUCGCGAGCUUUGGGACGGAGGAGUAG